UUCCUCCACUAUUGGUCAUCUUACUGGGUUUAUUAGGUAUCUAAAGCUUGGAAUUUUAUGAUUGUAUCCAAAUCCAACCCCAGGAGAAAAAAAAAAGAGGAAAUAGUGAAAAGGAAGUACCAAAAGAAGAAAAAGUGUAAUCCAAAUCCAUCACUGGAUUUUCUUUUCUCAUUGGAGGAAUAUUAUUUCCGAGCGUAAUCCAUAGAAAUAAAAACUGGAUCAGUAAUCUCCAGCAAAAAACUGUUUUUCCUUUCAUGGCUUCGCCUUCGCCAAGUGGUGGGGCUACUAAUAAUCAAAACCCAAACUUUCUUCACCAUCUUCAGCAACAACAACAACAAGAUUCUGGUCUCUUUGACAUUCAAAAGCUCUUCAAACCCUCCUCUUCGGGCCCCACAUUCCCUGUCCCCACAACCGCCAAUCUCAAUCACAUCACUUCAUCAUCUCCGUCGCCGCCUCCCUAUCCAACGGCCUCCGCUUCUUACCCGCCGCCCACCGGCGUCCCGCCCCACCCUUUUCUCAUGCAGCCGCCGAGCCCUAGGCCGCCCUCCCCUUCCCCAUCCCCGCCCUCUCCUCAACAACCGCCGUCUUCCUCUCCGAACCCCCCCAACGUCUCCAGCGGCGCUCGCCUGAUGGCGCUCCUGAACUCUCCGAAGCCUGUCGAUUUGCCUCCGCCGUCACCGUCGCCGUCGCCGUCUCCUUCGGCGCCGCCUUUCGAAGCGUCGGUGUCGCCGCCGACGCCGGUGAGAUUGCCGAGCAGGAAGCUCCCGAGGGGACGGCACUUGAUCGGCGACCGCGUCGUCUACGACGUCGACGUGAGGUUGCAGGGCGAAGCGCAGCCUCAGCUCGAGGUCACUCCGAUCACCAAGUACGGCUCCGAUCCUGCGCUCGUCAUCGGCCGCCAAAUUGCGGUGAACAGGUCUUAUAUAUGCUACGGCCUCAAGCCCGGUGCAAUUAGGGUUCUUGAUAUCAAUACUGCUUUGAGAGCUCUGCUGAAAGGCCACACUCAGAGAGUGACAGACAUGGCUUUUUUCGCCGAGGAUGUUCACCUUUUGGGCAGUGCGAGUGUGGACGGAAGGGUUUUCAUAUGGAAGAUUAGUGAAGGCCCAGAUGAGGAAGAUAAGCCUCAAAUUACUUGGAAAAUUUUUCUUGCCAUUCAGAUAGUGGGAGAGGGGAAACCAGUUCAUCCACGGCUGUGUUGGCAUCCUCACAAACAAGAAAUUUUGAUGGUUGGAAUAGGAAACUGCAUCCUGAAAAUUGAUACAUUGAGAGUUGGAAGAGGCAAAACAUUUUCCGCCGAGGAACCCCUUCAAUGUCCCAUUGACAAGCUGGUUGAAGGGGUCCUCUUGGUUGGUAAGCAUGACGCUGAGAUUACUGAAUUGUCAAUGUGCCAAUGGAUGACCAGCCGGUUAGCUUCAGCAUCAAAUGAUGGCAUGGUGAAGAUCUGGGAAGACCGUAAGGCAUUUCCAACGGCUGUGCUGCGACCACAUGAUGGUCAUCCUGUUCAUUCACUGACAUUCUUAACCGCCCCUCACCGCCCUGAUCACAUUGUGCUUAUCACUGCGGGGUCACUUAAUAGGGAAGUCAAGAUGUGGACCUCCACAAGUGAGGAGGGGUGGCUCUUGCCUGGUGAUGCUGAAUCAUGGCAGUGUACUCAGGCUUUGGAAAUAAUUAGUUCUGCAGCGCCUAAGCUUGAGGAGGCGUUCUUUAAUCAAGUUGUUGCAUUGCCUCAGGCAGGCCUGUUUCUACUCGCAAAUGCCAAAAGGAAUGCCAUAUAUGUUGUACAUAUCGAGUAUGGGCCUAAUCCAGCUGCAACCCGCAUGGAUUACAUUGCUGAGUUUACUGUAACAAUGCCUAUUCUGAGCCUUACCGGGACAUGUUAUAGCUUACCAGACGGAGAUCACCUUGUACAGGUCUAUUGUGUCCAAACACAAGCUAUUCAGCAAUAUGCCUUGGACUUAUCUCAGUGCUUGCCACCGCCUGUAGAGAAUGUGGAAUUGGAGAAAACAAAGUCUGCCACUUCUUAUCCUUUUGAUGUCGCUGAUGUUUCUGCUCCGCUGGAUGUAUCCAAUAAAAGUAAACCCUCUGACAUGAUUGUUGGGGAGGUGAGCCUCCUGCCUCAUAUCAGCUCUGAAAGCUCCCCCUCAGCAAGCCAUCUUGUAAAAAUCUCUUCGUCUGAGAUUACAAGCUUGCCUGAAGGUUCUUCUUCGGGAGUGGAUUUCAGGUCAAUAGCUUUGACAUCUCAGAUUGGAGGUGAAGAAGUGAAUCCACCAUCACCUCGUCUUCCUUUAAGUCCGAACUUAUUACCAAAUUUGUCUGAUUUUAGGAGUUUAACAAAUGGCAGUGAGACGAGUCUAUCUUGCAAUGAUCAGGGUGGUGAUCAGCCAGGUAUUGAUCACUCGUUUAAACACCCUACUCAUCUGGUAACCCCAUCCGAGAUACUAUCUACAGCUGCUACGUCUUCUGAGCAGUCUCAAACUAGUCAGGGAAUGAAUGCUUUGGAAGCAAAGGUUCAAGAUGAUGUUAUCAACAAUGACGUGGGGAGCAUUGAAGUAGAGGUUAAAGUUAUUGGUGAAACAGAAGCUUGUAAAAAUGAUGGGAACGAUGGCGAUAGAGAAUCCCAAAAUGUUCUUGCACAGAAAAAGGAAAAGGCUUUUUACUCACAGGCCUCUGGACUUAGCUUUCAGAUGGCACAUGAUUAUCGUGUUGAAACAUAUAUUGUGGAGGGAAUUGUCAAGGCCAGUGAAGAAGUUCAAGAUAUGACAAAAGAUGUCCCUUCCAAGGCAGGUGAAUCAGAAACUCCCGUAAUAACUUAUGUCCAAGCUACAAAAGGGAAAAAGCAGAAAGGGAAAAAUUCUCAAGUGUCUGGUCCAUCUUCUUCCUUUAUCCCAAGCCCUUUUAACUCCACAGAUUCACCCAAUGGACCUGAUGGUAGUUCAGAUGUCCCAUCUGCGGAAGCUGCUUUACCCCAGUUAUCAGCAAUGAAGAAUACGCUAGAUCAGUUAAUCGCUGCGCAGAAAGAACUACAAAAACAGAUGAACGAUAUGGUUUCUGUUCCAGUUACCAAAGAAGGUAGACGACUAGAGGGAUCCCUGGGCCGGAGCUUGGAGAAAGUUGUCAAGGCUAACUCAGAAGCUUUGUGGGCUCGUUUCCAAGAAGAAAAUGCUAAGCAAGAGAAGUCAGAACGAGAUCGGACUCAGCAAUUAACAAACUUGAUCACCAAUUCUAUAAACAGGGACUUGCCAACCAUGCUUGAAAAAACUCUCAAGAAGGAAGCAGCAGCCAUUGGACCAAAUGUAGCUCGUUCAAUAACUCCAGUCAUGGAGAAAACUGUAUCUGCAGCUAUUACAGAAUCUUUCCAGAAAGGAGUAGGAGAAAGGGCAGUGAAUCAAUUGGAGAAAACAGUUGGUUCAAAACUUGAAGCCACAUUGACCAGGCAAAUCCAAACACAAUUUCAAACUUCUGGGAAGCAAGCUCUUCAGGAUGCAUUAAGGUCAAGUUUGGAAGCUUCUCUUAUUCCCACGUUUGAGAUGUCGUGCAAAAAUAUGUUUGAACAAGUUGAUGCCACAUUUCAGCAGGGGUUUAUCAAACAUUCAAGUGCUGCUCAGCAGCAGUUUGAGUCCACACAUUCUCCGCUGGCUGUUGCUCUGAGGGAUGCUAUUAAUUCGGCAUCGACAAUAACUCGAACUUUGAGUGGAGAACUGGCUGAUGGGCAACGUAAGCUGCUUGCCUUUGCAGCUGCUGGUGGUAGCUCAAAAGCAGCAAAUCCCUUGGCAACGCAGUUGAGCAAUGGACUACUUGGUCUACACGAAAUGAUGGCUGAAGCACCUGUUGACCCGAUUAAAGAACUGUCUAGGUUAAUUGCGGAGCACAAAUUUGAGGAAGCAUUCACCGGAGCACUGCACAGGAGUGAUGUGUCCAUAGUUUCCUGGUUGUGUUCUCAGAUUGAUUUACAGGGCAUUUUAUCACUAGUGCCACUCCCUCUAAGCCAAGGAGUACUGCUUGCCCUUCUCCAGCAGUUGGCAUGUGACAUUAACAAUGAUACACCGAGAAAGCUAGCAUGGAUGACGGACGUGGCCGUAGCCAUAAAUCCGACGGAUCCGUUGAUCGCGAUGCAUGCCCGGCCAAUUUUUGAACAAGUCUAUCAGAGACUUGGUCAUCAACGAGCUCUACCUACUACAUCUGCUCCAGAUGCAAAUAGCAUCCGACUUCUUAUGCAUGUCAUCAACUCUCUGUUAAUGAGCUGUAAAUGAUUAUUUUGCCCUUAUCUGUUAAUGAUAAUUGGACCUUCGUUGUAUAGAAAUCUAGGAAAUUUAGUCGGGAGAAGAAUAAGUGCGUGCAUUGUGCUUGUAUUGGAUGAUAUGUAAAAUUGUCGGUUAAUGUUUUUAUGGCAUUUUGAUCGUAGGUACUCUUUUA